AUGACUACAAUUAUCAUAUCUGUCCUUUAUCUCACACUUGAACUCGGCCUCGCAUUGAGGGUAUACGCUCUUUACAGAGGAAGCAGAUUAGUGUUAACCAUCAUCCUCGUAUCUGCCGUAGGCAAGAUCCAAUUCGACUUGACUCUUCGCAGCUUCGAACUGACGUUAGCCGAUUAUAGGGCAGAUCACUCGAUCAAUAUAAUGGCCGAUAUGCAGUAUUAUCCUUCUAUUAAUCCGUAUCCAUCAAACUGGCACAUAAAGGGAUGUUUCUACCCCGCCAUUCCCAACUUCGCCAAAGCAAACCACACAAACACCGUCCCAGCUAUCCUAUUCGUACUCAUGUGCAUCAAGUGCUACUCUUAUCGUCCGCUAUGUGACAUCCCGAUGCUCCUCCGUAUCUGGCGUGAUGGCGCGGCGUAUUAUUUUGUGAUUUUCGUCACACUAUUCAUAUGCACCCUCUCACAAUACGUCAAUAGCGAGAUGCUCGCCAUCGUCGCCGCCAUCUGGAUCGGGCCCAUUUACUCAUACUCGGGUGCUCACCUUUUGCUCAGCGUGCGAGCGCUUGCGGCAGAGAGACAAAGGAUAUGGGUAUUGACCCCAGAGAUUUCGGAGAACCUUCCGGAUAUCUCGGUCUCGGGAACACUGGACGAGGAACAGCUAUCGCCCAUUUCGGAAGUAUAUGAGCUUGCGCAUCCUCUUCGGACCCGGGCCGCGUCUCUUGCACGGACCAUUGACACAGAAUAUGGCAACAACAUCAGCCAGAGACAGACGUGGAUGCAGCACUGGGACGCGUUGCCUACAAUAUCCAGGAUUUCAACCUGA